AUGUCGAAAUCCGAGACGGUCCACGCCGAUGCGCGGCGCUUCCUCGACGAGCGCGGCAGCAACGUCGGCCUCGCGCCCAACGGCCUCAACCCCGCCAACAUUAUGGAAAAGGCCGUCAAGGACCGCAUCACCGACAGCUACUUCUACAAGGAGCAGUGCUUCGCGCUCAACGAGGCCGACAUUGUCGACCGCGUCGUCGAGCACGUGCGCUUCAUCGGCGGCACCUCGGGCAUGACGCAGAAGCCGAGCCCCUUCCUCUGCCUGGCCUUUAAGCUGCUGGAGCUGUCGCCGUCCGACGCUGUCCUCGCCGAGUAUCUCGCCUACGGCGGCGAGCACUUCAAGUACCUGCGCGCGCUCGCGUGCUUCUACCUGCGCCUCACGCGCCAGGCCAGGGACGUCUACGAGACGCUCGAGCCCUUUCUCGCGGACCGCCGCAAGCUGCGCCGCAAGGGCCGCGACCGCACGUACCUGUCGUGGAUGGACGAGUUUGUCGACGAGCUGCUCACCAAGGACCGUGUGUGCGCGACGAGCCUCUGGAAGAUGCCGAAGCGCGAGACCCUGGAGGACGCCGAGGUGCUGGAGCCGCGCGUCAGCCCGCUCGGCGACUUGGAGGAUCUACUCGAAGAGGAAGACGAGGGCGAGGAAGCAGAAGCGGAGAGAGACGAGGAGGGUAGGAGCUCGGAGAAUAGUAGGAAUGGCCGUGAGGAGUCGGGUGAGAUCUCGGAGCACGAUGGCAUGGACAUUGACCGCGAAGACGACCGCAGAAACGACAGCCGAAGUCCUUGA